AUAAUAAUUGCUGGAAUAAUAAUUGAUUCUCAACAUCUGGAAAUAAGGUUAACAUAAAUUGAAAAUUUCUAGUCCAUUUUAAUUCAUUUUAAUACAUUUUUGAUUGAAAAAAUAGGAAGCACUUUGUUGUUUCAAUUCUGUUUCAUGUAUUAAAAUGGAUUAAAUCUUUUUUGACUUGACAACAGGAAUUUCGUAGUUUCAAUUCCACUUCAUGAAUUACAAUGAAUUCAAAGAAUUUUUAAACUUUAAAUUGAAUUACAAUGGAUUCAAAAAAAUCAAGAAUUUGAAUUCGACAAUGACGCAAAUCCAUUUCUAUCCAUUUCAAUCCAUUUUUAUUUGCUAGGAAUAAUAUAUUUUCCUAUUCGAAUUUCGCGUAUACAUUUUGAUUCAAAUUUCAUCGGAUAUAUGGAGGGAUUUUAUGGGAGAGAGUUUGUCGCCAUCAGAAACACAUGCUUCAAACACUUGCUUCUUGCAUCAUGAUUUCGCCUGAUGCAAUUGCCUCGUGCGAGUUGAGUGUGAUAGUGGUCGGUAACGGUUAAGGUUAGGAACAUCGGUGUGCUGCCUCGUGUUAUACAUUAUACAGUUCGUGAACAUAUGUAAUAUUUAAUUAUUGCUAUUUAGAAUAAACAAUUAAAAUGGCAACAGAAAGAAAAGGAACUUUUAAGGUUGAAUAUCUUCAAGAAAUUGAGAAAAAUAUACAAGUGAGAUGGGAAGCUGCAAAGAUAUAUGAAGUGGAUGCAUCUUUUUACGAUGGAAAAUCACCAGAUGAAAAGUUUUUUGCAACCUUUCCAUAUCCUUAUAUGAAUGGACGUCUUCAUCUUGGUCAUGCUUUCUCAUUAUCCAAGAGUGAGUUUGCCACUCGAUAUAAUCGUCUCUUAGGAAAAAAUGUACUUUUUCCUUUUGGUUUCCACUGUACUGGUAUGCCUAUUAAAGCAUGUGCUGAUAAAUUAAAGAGGGAAAUAGAAAUAUAUGGGUAUCCACCUAAGUUUCCUGAAGAAAUCGAAAUAAUCGAAGAAAAAGCAAAUGAUGUAUUAACAGAUAAGAGCAAAGGAAAAAAGAGCAAGGCAAUUGCCAAGGCAGGUUCAGCUAAAUAUCAAUGGCAAAUUAUGCAAAGUCUUGGCUUACAAGAUGAGGAAAUUAAGAAAUUUGCUAACGCUGCAUAUUGGUUGGAUUAUUUUCCACCGCUUGCUGUGCAAGAUUUAAAAUCUAUCGGUCUUCACGUGGAUUGGCGAAGAACAUUUAUUACAACAGAUGCAAAUCUGUUUUAUGAUUCUUUUAUACGCUGGCAGUUUCAGCAUUUAAAAUCUAGAAAUAAAAUCAAGUUUGGAAAAAGAUAUACCAUUUAUUCACCAAAAGAUGGUCAACCAUGUAUGGAUCAUGAUAGAUCCUCUGGUGAAGGUGUUGGACCACAGGAAUAUACUUUAAUUAAAAUGAAAGUUCAAUGUCCUCAAAAAAUCAAGAAUUUCAACGAUCAAUCAGUUUACCUUGUAGCUGCAACUCUAAGACCAGAGACAAUGUAUGGUCAGACAAACUGCUGGGUACAUCCAGAUAUGAAUUACAUAGCUUAUAAAUUAGCAUGUGGGGAUAUAUAUAUUUCUACGGAACGUGCAGCGAGGAAUAUGUCAUAUCAAGAUUUCUUUAAAGAAGGAGGAAGGAUAGAUGUUGUUCAGAAACUUACGGGCAAAGAUUUACUAGGAUUGGAAUUGGAAGCUCCUCUCACAUCUAAUAAAGUUAUUUAUGCAUUACCUAUGUUGACAAUAAAAGAGGACAAGGGUACUGGUAUUGUAACUUCUGUCCCUAGUGAUUCUCCUGAUGAUUACGCUGCAUUAAUGGAUUUAAAAAAGAAACGUCCAUUUCGAGAAAAAUAUGGAAUCACUGACGAAAUGGUAUUACCAUAUAAUCCAAUUCCAAUCAUCGAAGUUCCAGAACUUGGCAAUUUAGUAGCAGUAACGUUAUAUGAUCAGUUAAAAAUUCAAUCCCAAAAUGAUAAAGUUAAACUCAUGGAAGCAAAAGAAAUAGCAUACUUGAAAGGAUUUUAUGAUGGCGUAUUAUUAGUAGGUCCAUAUAAAGGCAAAAAGAUACAGGAUAUUAAGAAACUAAUUCAAAAAGAAAUGGUUGACAAUGGCACAGCAGUGAUCUAUUAUGAACCAGAAAAAACUAUUAUUUCAAGAUCAAGUGAUGAAUGUGUAGUAGCCUUGUGUGAUCAAUGGUAUUUAGAUUACGGUGAAGAAAGUUGGAAGAAGGAAACGCUUGAGGCUUUGAAGAAUCUUGAUACUUUUCACGAUGAAGUUCGAAGGAAUUUUCUUGUGUGCUUGGACUGGUUACAUGAACAUGCAUGUUCCAGAACAUAUGGAUUGGGCACUAAAUUACCAUGGGAUGAAAGCUGGUUGAUAGAGUCUCUGUCAGAUUCUACUAUUUACAUGGCUUAUUAUACCAUAGCACAUUUUUUGCAAGGAGGAACUUUUAAAGGGGAUAAACCUAAUACAUAUGGAAUAGAAGCCUCUCAGAUGACUUCGGAAGUGUGGGAUUAUAUCUUCUUCAAAAAUGCUAAACCGCCGAAUACAGAUAUAGAGAAAACAGUUUUAGACAAUAUGAGACACGAAUUUCAGUAUUGGUAUCCAGUAGAUUUGAGAGUGUCAGGAAAAGAUCUGGUACAAAAUCAUCUUACAUAUUUUCUCUACAACCAUACAGCGAUAUGGCCAAAUCAACCAGAAUUGUGGCCGCAAGGAAUAAGAGCAAAUGGUCAUCUGCUUCUGAAUUCAGCAAAGAUGUCCAAGUCAGAGGGCAACUUUUUAACACUUGCCGAGUCUGUAGAAAAAUUCUCAGCUGAUGGAACACGUCUUUGUCUAGCUGAUUCUGGUGAUUCGAUAGAAGAUGCUAAUUUUAUAGAGAAUACAGCCGAUGCAGGAAUUCUUAGACUCUAUAAUUUUAUAGAAUGGGUCAAAGAUGUUCUAAAUACAAAACAUUCUUUCAGCCAUGAUAUGCCACAUACUUUUCAUGAUAAAGUUUUUGAAAGCGAAAUAAAUUUGAAAAUACGGGAAACUGGUGAAAAUUAUUCAAAAAUGCUUUACAAAGAAGCAUUGAGGACAGGAUUUUAUGAAUUUCAAACAGCCAGAGAUAAAUAUUUACAAUUAAGUCCAAUAGCUAACCUGAAUUUAAUUAAAAAAUAUAUAGAAAUUCAAAUAAUUCUUUUAUCUCCUAUUUGUCCACAUGUUUGCGAAUAUAUAUGGACAGAUUUACUUAUGAAAAAUAGCAGUAUAUUUAAUGCAAGAUGGCCUACAAUAGGAGAAAUAGAUGAAAUUUUGAUCAAAUCGUCUCAGUAUCUAAUGGAUGCUGCUCAUACAUUUAGAGUUCUAUUAAAAAAUUACAUGACACCGAAAAAAACUAAGGGAAAGGACAACGUUACCAACACAGAAAAACCUAAUCAAGGGAUUAUUUGGGUAGCCAAGACUUAUCCUCCUUGGCAAAGUAUUGUUCUUACGACAAUGAGGGAAAUGUAUUCUAAAAAUGAAACUAAAUUACCAGACAAUAAAGUACUCUCUACAGCGUUUACCAACAAAGCUGAGUUAAAAAAAUAUAUGAAAAGAGUAAUGCCAUUCGUGCAACUCGUCAGAGAAAAAAUGGAAACUACUGGUCUUAAUGCAUUGAAUUUGACUCUUGAUUUCAAUGAAUUUAAUGUACUUGAAGAUAACAAAGAAUAUCUUAAAAGUACAUUAGGUCUUCAUGAUAUUAUUAUAAAAUAUACGGACGAAGCGCCAGAAAAAACGAAGGAAGAGUGCUGUCCAGGUGCACCGUAUAUCAAUUUUUUUAUAAAACCUGUAGUUUCGGUACGUCUUAUUAAUCCACAAAGUUGUAGCAGUUUAUUUGAACUGUCUAUGGAAAUUUCGACCAUAACAGCUAAGGAUAUCAUAUCUUAUAUUGUAAAGCAAAAUAAACAUAUAAAAGAUCCUGCUUCGAUUAUAUUAUAUCGGUAUGAUGAUCCGAUUCUGGGACCAAGAAUUAGACCAGUAGCAGAAAAUAUUUUAAAGAAUAAAACUGAGAUUCCGCUGAAUUCCGAAUUUAAUAUUAACGCAGAAACAAAAAAUGUUGAAGUCAACGUUGCCGGUAACACAUACUUGAUAGGCGAAUAUUUAAUAUAUAUUGAUAAAUUUCUAGAAAAUUAA